UUAUGGUAUGCAAAAGUUAAUUAUCACACCUUAUAGAUAUUCUAUUUCUUGUGAGGCUGGAUCAAAUCAGAUAAUCAAAAUUCAAACAUGAGCCUGAGAAACAUGUCUAAAAUAAUUCCAGUUUUCUUUUUCGUUCUAAUGGUCUUUCUCAUGUUUCCGGCAACCAUGGGAGGCGUAGCCCAAGGAUUGAGCAUUAAGAUGUUCACCAUUCUUUCACCUAACUCUUCCAUCUUCCCCAAAAACCUCACCCUUUUUGAAAAACACCAAAAACUGACCGAAAUAUCCAAAGCUCGAGCCCUCGACCUUAUCAUGACCACCAACUCAUCAGAAACCUUAGUCCCAAACGCCAUAAGUUCACUGGUUAAACAUGCAUACAGUGAUUUCUAUUACACAGAGAUGUACAUUGGCACACCUCCUCAGAAAACCAACUUGGCCUUGGACACCGGUAGCACUCUAACGUGGGUUCAAUGCGAAGGAUGCAAAUCGUGCUUCAAAGUGUCAAUGCCUAACUUCAACAUCAGGAGAUCAACCACUUCCCGGCCCAUGCCUGAUGAUCACCCACUUUGUGUUCCUCCAAACCUUGGUCCUGGUACUAAGGGCCAGAAUUGUGUUUAUGGGUUGUUCUACUAUGAUCGCAGUUCCACUUACGGCCCCUUUGGAUUUGAUACGUUCACAUUUUUAUCUGAGCAAGGGCAACUAGCUAUCCCUAAUGUGGCAUUUGGGUGGGGACUCUUCAAUAAGGUGAACUUCAAUGACUAUUUUCAUGGUCAUGAUAAUCCAAUAGGAGGGAUUUUGGGGUUAGGCAGGGGUCACCCCACUGGUAUUCUACAACAACUAAACCAAAUCACCCUUCGAAGAUUUUCGUAUUGCCUUCCACCACAAUUUGAGGCCCAAUCAUUGCUACAUUUUGGUGAGGAUGCACAAAUUGGAGGUCCUAGUGUUGGUAGCACACCCAUUUUGGGCGGUCCAGAUGACUAUUAUUUCACGAAACUGGAUGCUAUAAGUUUGAAUGCACAACGUCUCCAAAUCGAUCCAAGUUUGUUCAUGGCAGGUGGAAAAGGAAUGGCUGUUGAUUCAGGAUCUCCAUAUAGCCAUAUCGUGGCAGAGGCAUUCAAGGUCUUGAAACAAGCUGUGGUGGAUUACUUCCAUAACAUGUAUGGAUGGCAACUCAUGACGCAGAAAAGCAAGACUGGUUUUGAUCUUUGCUACCAGAAUAUCCCUACUGUCUUUACUUCACCAUCGGUGAGGCUUCAUUUCGAAGGAGCUGACUUUGUGCGGCAUAAACCCACACUCCUCCAGGCCUUUGAACAUCACAAUGAGUUUUGCAUGACCAUAUUGUCAAUGGACCAAAGUGAUGGUCUAAAAAUUCUGGGCGCAGCUCAGCAGGUCAACUAUAGGUUCUUGUUCGAUGUCGCUGUGCUGAGGUUGUCGUUUUCUCCAGAGAAUUGUUGAAGAUGGAAGGUUUUAAUAAGUUUUGUGUUCAUGAAACACCAGCAGAAUAGUAACAGUAAUAAUAAUUCAGCAUUGGAUUUGUGUUUUGUUCAUUAAUAUAUUGUGCCAGUCAUCCUUAAAACACCUUUUGGAAGAUUAAGACUACAGUGAUCAUUACGCGUUACAAUAAUCUUCGGUCAAAUCUAAACUUAGAAAAAGAAAGAAAUUAAGGUUUCCAAUUACUAUCCAGACUUUUGAAAGCUAAAAAGUAAUGUGGAAGUUAU